AUGGCUGCAUCGAUUUCGGGUGCCGUACUCUGCAGGAUCGCCGUCGCCGUACUCAUAGUUUCUACCCUGUCAUCCUAUGCGGAGGCGAGGUACGAUUGCUAUGCCCCGUGCAAAGACUGCCCAAACUGCGACGGCUGGUGCAAGCAGAAGGGGUACCCCAAGGGCGGGCACUGCCACCCGAAGGACGGCGGCGGCGACGUCGUCUUCUGCUGCUGCGACAGGACAGACGUCAGGAAGCUGCUAGUUUCAGCGGAUGCACUUCCCUGA